UCCCACUUGUUUUUUUUUUUUUUUUUUUUCAAGAGUAUAAAACAGAGCUGGGAGCCUAUUGAAAACAGCACAUCGCUUUCAGCGCUCGUUCGCAACUUCAGACAGUAACAUUCCUUCCCAACAACUCUUCACUAUGUCCGAUACGCUGGGCGAAAGUCUUAUCCGGAAUCUUUUCAACCUGGGUUUAGACGAGCCGUUUCUGCACAUAUCCCGCCCGGUCGCACCGAAGAGCGUCAGCUCCGAGCGGCUCACCGACGACGUCUGGCUGACGGACACCUGGAGCCAAGCCAGCAAACCCCAGUUUCCUCUUAAAGCAGACCGAUCCAUGAGUCUGACUGACACGCUCAUCAGAAUGAAGCCCCAUGACGUGCCCCCACCGCCCGGAUUUCCUCCGAUGGCAACCCUGCCCUCGAACCGGUACAAGACCGAGUUGUGCCGAAGCUUUCAAGAGUACGGCACCUGCAAAUACGGCAGCAAAUGUCAGUUCGCUCACGGCGAGAGCGAGCUGCGAGGGCUGAACCGCCAUCCCAAAUACAAAACUCAAGCCUGUCGCACCUUCUACCAGUUUGGAUACUGUCCUUACGGAAGCCGCUGUCACUUCAUCCACGAGGACAAGAACUCUCUGACGCUCGACCAGAACCCGCGUCAGCUGCGUCAGAGCGUCAGCUUCGCCGGCUUCACGCGCAGCAACUCUCCCCCGACUUUACACGAGCACAUGAGCUUCACCCGCGCGCCUUCGGUCUCUCCUCCUCCCGCUGAUAUCUUGUCCCCGGUCUUCAGCGACUCUUCCCGCGACAUGUUCCCCUUCAGCCGUCACAGUACCGGAGAUAUCUACAGCAACGCGCCCUUCACGCCAGAGCCUCGUUCGCGGUGUGUCUGCGGACACGGAAAUAACUCCCAGGGCUCCAGCAAUAUGCUGUACGUAAAGGAAGACUUGAGCAAAGCCAACCUGCAGCGCUUUUCCUCGGAAGACUCGCUGUCAGACCGCGAAAGUUACAGCAGCACCGGCAGCUCCAGCGGCUCCGAGUCUCCCACCUUCGACAGCUCGAGCGGGAAGCGCCUGUCUGUCUUCACGCGGAUGUCUGUGUCUGACUGAGGAGGACUUUCCCGCCAUUGAUUCCAAUCAUCCAAUCAGUCAAAAAGAAUGUGCAACCAGUCUUAAUACUGUUAAUAUAUAUAUACUGCUAAUGGAGAUAAUUUUGAUACCAAGGUGCCCUCCAAAGCCUAAGCAGGCAAGGUUUUAAUAAUGGUGUAUUGUUAGCUAUUUUCUGUGACAUUGUCUUCCAUUUGCUUUUGCUUUUCUUGCUUUUCGACGUUGUUUGGCAGUAAGCAUUGCAGACAGACAAGUGCCUUACAAUAUCAUAACCUAGUGGCAUAAGCAGAGCUUGAUUCCAAUAUAUAUGUGCAUAUAGAAUUCUGUAUGUGUAUAUAUCAUAUAUUCAGUGUGUGAAUUAGGGGGUUGGCUUUUUAAAGGAAUAUCUGGCCAUUUUUGGAAGAAGUCAGCUCCCCAAAUAAUUUGCAGCGUGUGUACAUGUACCAACAAUGUGACAAACUUGAGACAAUGACCAUACAUUCACUCACAAAGAAUGCACUUUACAAAUCAAUAUUGAGUGGAUGUUUCCAUGUAGCAGUUUAACCAAAGCAUUAUGAUGUUAGGUACCUGUUUUGUACAAAAAAAAACUAAGACACAAACCUAAAAAAAUACCUAUAUUUAUAUUGGACAAGAGCUGUCAAGUUAAUGUUUUGACAACCCUGGUAGGGUCCUAACUCAAGGAAACAUGACUUUUAUCAGGGACUGUAACAGUACAAUAUUUCUGUAGAAUAGUUUGCUUUGUUUGCAAGUUUUUUUUUUUUUCUUCUUCUUCUUUUUUUGUGUAAUUGUAUAGACCUAACUAAUAUAUUUAUUAAGUAUUUAUUGAAAGUAUAGCAAUGUAUUUUUUACUUAUUUAUCAACACGUGUCAUGGCCUUUGAAAAAAAUCAAGAAGUGUUGACACAAAAAUGAUGGAAACUAUUUCAAUUGUCCAAAGUAAUGUAAUAAAUGCAAAAAUGAAAGAAAAAAAAAA